GAUUCUCUGGAUGUUGAACAAGAGAAAACUGCAGGCCUGACAAACUCUCCAUGAUGUUCUCAGAGAGGGACAGUUUGUUGUUUGGUAUCAAUAGGAGAUUCCUAGGAGAAUUUUUGGCAAUGGUUUGCCAUCCAACACAGGAUGUAAUAUUGGCAUGAUGAGAUGCACACUGUGAUCAGUGUUUGGAGAGGGAAGGAGGGGAAAGGUUUGGGUAUCAUCAGUGGGAUCAGUAUCAUCAAAACUAACUUAGAGACUUAGUUUUGAGGGAAGAGGAGAGGACCAAGGACUGAAUCCGGACUGACACAUGUAGAGAUGUUUUCAGUUAUGAAGAUUGCUUCUUCCUCACUGGACAGACAGAUAUAGCUGCAGUUGAGAGAUCACCAGCUGGAAAAGGAGAAAAGCAGAGAGAGAGGGUAGAGGCAUUGGGUGUGGGAAAGGGGGUUUGGAUAAAUUAACUCUAUAUUUGUAAUCUAGAGAGUGUUUGGUGAAAUUAAGUACCAGCAGGGGGUAGUAAAGCAUGACAGAACACCAGACUCAUUCUCAUAUCUUCCCUGAACAAGCACACGUGAAAGAGCCUGGAUCUGGGGGAUGGGCCCGCUGUUUUUGACCUGUUGCUGUCUGGGUCUUCAACAAAUACUGUGUUAAGCAACUUAUUAAUGUGGCUUGUUUAGCAUCUUAAUGUGUGGUGCAUUGUGUGGUAGCUUAUGCAGUGUGACAAUGACUUAGAACCUGGAAAAGUAGAGCAUUUUGCUGCAUUAAGUACUUUUUAACAGUGCACUCUUGUCCAGCCCUGGCCUUCACUACUGCAAGCACAGAAAGGAAAAGCCCCAACACGGGACGGACGCGAAAAACGGCGCAACACCGAGAGAAAUGGCGCCUUCUCGGAGUUCCAAGUGGCUCUCUCUUUUCUGUGCAGUUUGCUGUCUGCUCGUAUGGACGCACACUGCCGCUUUCAACCUGGACACCCGCUACGUCCUCAGGAAAAACGGAGAAUCAGGCAGCCUGUUUGGAUUUUCACUCGCCCUGCAUAGGCAACUCAGUCCUGCUGAUAAGAUGCAAUUGCUGAUCGGUGCCCCGCAUGCUAAAGCCUUAGCCCACCAGGGUGCUAACAUUACAGGCGGCCUGUACAGCUGUGACAUCACCACCCAGCUCAACGACUGCGACCGUGUACAGAUCGACGACGAAGUCGAUCUCACAGUUGAGAAUAAGGAGAACCAGUGGAUGGGGGUAUCAGUGCAGAGUCAAGGCCCUGGGGGGAAGAUUGUGACCUGCGCCCAUCGCUACCAGCGGCGCUAUUUCGUGAACACGCCCCAGGAGUCGCGAGGCGUCACAGGCCGCUGCUACGUGCUCAGCGAGGACCUGAGCGUCGGCUCGGAGGAGGACGGGGGCCUGUGGAAGUUCUGCGAGGGUCGGAGCGCGGGACACGAGAGGUUCGGGUUCUGCCAGCAGGGCCUCUCCGCCGCCUUCACGAAGGACUACCACUACGCGGUGUUCGGGGCUCCUGGUGCCUACAGCUGGAAAGGGACCGUCCGCAUAGAGCAGAGGAACAGCACGCUGUUGGACCUGGGCUAUUUUGACGAUGGACCCUAUGAAGUGGGGGAUGAGAAUCGCCUGGACCCAGAUCUAGUGCCAGUGCCUCCAAACAGUUAUUUAGGAUUCUCCGUGGAUUCUGGGAAAAGCAUCAGCAGAAAGGGCCAGCUCACCAUCGUGUCUGGAGCACCGAGAGCCAACCACAGCGGGGCAGUGGUCCUGCUGAAGAAGGAGUCCGAGGCCUCCUUCAUGCUGUCUGAGGAGUUCAUCCUGGAAGGACCAGGACUGGCAUCCUCCUUUGGCUAUGAUGUGGCUGUGGUUGACCUCAAUGGAGAUGGGUGGCAGGAUAUCGCAGUGGGAGCCCCUCAGUUCUUUCUGAAGGAUGGAGAAGUGGGGGGUGCAGUGUUCGUCUACAUCAACCAGGAGGGGAAAUGGGACAGGGUGGUGCCCAUCCCCCUCUACGGGCCCAGAGACUCCAUGUUCGGACUGGCAGUGGAGAACAUUGGGGACUUGACUCAGGACUCAUAUGAAGACAUGGCGGUGGGGGCGCCCUACGACGGAGCUGGUGCAGGACGGGUGUACGUUUAUCAUGGCUCCAGAGAUGGACUCAACACCGCGCCAGCGCAGAUCCUUGAAGGACAUGAUCACAAUGUCAAAUUAUUUGGGUAUUCUUUGGCUGGGAAUAUGGAUUUGGACAGGAAUUCAUAUCCUGACCUAGCUGUUGGCUCUCUCUCAGAUGCAGUAUUUGUAUACAGGUCAAGACCUAUCAUUCAUAUCGACAUGGAUAUCAAAACUACACCAAAGGAGAUUGACAUGACUAAGAAAACAUGUGGAAACAAUGUAUGUUUGACGGUCAACGCAUGCUUUACCUAUACGGCGAACCCUGUUUCCUACAGCCCCAAACUGACUAUCGCUUACAGCAUUACGGUGGAGUCUGACCGGAUGAAGCGAGGCCUGCCCUCUCGAGUCACGUUUCUGACGCUUACGAAGUCGCCCGAGCACUCGCAGUCCAGCGGAACCCUGGAGCUGCGAGGUCAGAGGAAGAGGAGCUGCAUCUCCGCUGAGCUCAAACUGCAGGAUGACAUCCAGGACAGAACACAACCCAUUCCCAUCCAGACAUCUGUGUCCAUCAAGAGCAUCCGACGCAGGACGAGACAAAGCUCUCUUCCUGAACUACUUCCUGUUCUUAACUCCAGUCAGCCAACCAAAAAUAUCAUCUCUCAGGUUGGAUUUUUGAAGGAAGGCUGUGGGGCUGACAACAUUUGCCAGAGUAACUUGCAGCUACAGUACAAGUUCUUCUACAGAGAACCCAGCACAGAUGAGUUUUCACCAUUACCUGUAGAGAAUGGUGUACCUGUGAUGUCACUCGGUGAACAGAAGGACAUCGCUCUGGAGGUUGCUGUGACGAACUGGAAUGGGGAGGAUGCCCAUGAUGCCAGGCUGGUGGCGAGCUUCCCCCCUGCUCUGCGCUACUCCACCUUCUACUGCCCCAGGGCUACGGAUAAACAGGUGCUCUGUGUAGCCAAUCAGAAUGGAUCGCAGACAAACUGUGCACUGGGGAAUCCAUUCAAAAGAGACUCAGAAGUAAUGUUCUACAUUCAACUGACCCCUGGUGAUAUUUCCCUCAAUACCACAGAAGUUGAAAUUGACCUGCGCUUUGCAAUGCCCAGUGAACAGAAACAUGUGACCCCAAUGAAAGCCAGAGCUAAAGUAGUGAUGGAGCUGCUGCUCUCUGUGUCAGGAGCGGCGAGACCUUCCCAGGUCUACUUCAGAAGCCCGGCUGAAGGACAGAGGGCCAUAAAGUCAGAAGAGGAGAUCGGCAGUCUCAUUGACUAUCAAUUCAGGAUAAUGAAUUUGGGAAGGCCACUGAAAUCCCCUGGCACAGCUUCUCUGCACAUCCAGUGGCCCAAAGAGAAUGCUGCGGGGAAAUACAUUAUAUAUUUGGUGAAGAUCGACACUCAUGGUUUGGAUGAUGUCCAGUGCACCCCUGAAGAAGAAAUAAUCCCAAUAAAGUCUAUUAAGGAGUCUUCAAAAUCCAGGAGCAAGCGUGAAUUUGAAGACAGCAAAACAGCAAGUGGAGAAAGAUUCUCUCUCUUUACAAACAAAAGAAAACACAAAAUGCUGACAUGUAGCAAUGAAGCGAGGUGUGUGGAGGUCAGGUGCCCCCUGCAGGGCUUGGACAGCACUGCAGUCGUCUCUCUGAGAUUCCGUCUCUGGAAUAAUACCUUUUCAGCGGACUAUGCAGACUGGGAUUAUCUGAAAAUCGUUGUUAAGGCUUUCUUAAGGCUCGAUGCCUCGGCCCAGAACAAGGUUCUCAGAAGUUCUGAGACGGAGGUUAGAGUCACAGUGUUUCCAGAGAAGCUGUUGCCGCAUUAUGGCAAAGCGUUGUGGUGGAUCAUUCUGCUGGGCAUACUGGCCGGGUUGCUGAUGCUGGCUCUUCUGCUGGUUCUGCUCUGGAAGUGUGGUUUCUUCAGCAUAGCCAAAGAAGACCAGCAGACAGAGGCCUGUGAGAAAGCUGAGAACCACGGUCCAGCACCUGCCAGAGAAGCUCAAACCUGAUCCGCUCCGCUCCCUGCCGGCAUUCCAGAUGCCAUAACAGUUAAGAGUUAAUGCCGUUCAAGGAUGCAAAGGUCAAACAUGGGAACACUGAGGAGGAAACCAAUGAACAAUCACCUCUGAAACUGUCAUUCACUCUGGCAUUGUCACAUGUUACUUUAUAUGCAGUUGGAAUUAAAACAAAUUUGCAUUUAUAGCCAUUU